CAUCACUCUCAUCUUCGAGAUAUCCUCCAUCUCCUGCUCUGCCACUCUUUCACUGAACUGAUUCAUUCGCUUUUUCAUUCACUCUUUAAGACUCCAAAAUGGUUGUCUUCAGCAAAGUCACAGCCGUCGCCCUUGGUCUUUCCACCGUCGCGUCCGCCCUGCCCGGAGUCAAGCCUCGCAAGGGCUUCACCGUCGAACAGGUCGUGGCCACAAAGUCCGCACCUAAACCCAUCAACGUCCCCGGUGUUUAUCUCAGUGCUUUGAACAAAUAUGGCGCCACUGUGCCCCAGCACAUCAAGGAUGCCGCCGGUAGCGGCAGUGUCAUUGCCAACCCUGAAGAGGAAGAUUCCCAAUAUUUAACUCCAGUUACUGUCGGCGGCAAGACCCUCAACUUGGACUUCGACACCGGCUCUGCGGAUCUUUGGGUGUUCUCCUCAGAGCUUCCAUCCUCCGAGCAAUCCGGCCACAGCAUCUACAAGCCCGCCGGUAACGCCACCAAGCUGGACGGAUAUAGCUGGAAGAUCUCCUACGGCGAUGGCAGUGGCGCCAGCGGUGAUGUCUACAAGGACACUGUUUCCGUCGGCAGCAUCACUGCGCGAGGCCAGGCUGUCGAAUCCGCCAAGCAGAUCAGCGAGCAGUUUGUGCAGGACCGCAACAACGACGGUCUGCUGGGCCUUUCUUUCAGCUCUAUUAACACUGUUCAACCCAAGCCCCAGAAAACAUUCUUCGACACUGUCAAGUCUGAGCUCGACGCUCCCCUUUUCGCUGUUGCCCUGAAGCACCACGCCCCAGGAGCCUAUGAUUUCGGCUUCAUCGACAAGAAGAAGUACAAGGGGUCUAUUGCUUACGCUGAUGUCGACAGCAGCGACGGAUUCUGGAAGUUCACCGCCAGCAGCUAUGGCGUCGGAAAUGGAGGCGGCAACUCCUCCAGCCCUCUCACCGGAAUUGCUGACACCGGUACAACCCUCAUGAUGCUUGACGACGAAGUCGUCCAAGCCUACUACGACAAAGUCCCCUCCGCCAAAAACGACCAGCAAGCCGGCGGCUUCGUCUUCCCCUGUGACUCCGAGCUGCCCGCAUUCACGCUGACGAUCGGUAACUACGUCGCUGUUGUCCCGGGCAAGCAUAUCAACUGGGCACCUGUGACUGAGGGCGGCGAGUCUUGCUUUGGUGGCAUCCAGAGUAACCAGGGCUUGCAGUUUUCUAUCCUCGGUGAUGUUUUCCUUAAGAGUCAGUAUGUUAUUUUUGAUUCGAGGGGCCCGAAGUUGGGUUUUGCGCCUCAGGCUUAGGAUUAAUGUCUCUACUGUUGAGCUGGGGAUGAGGAUGUUUUGAUGAUGAGAAGAAGAUCGUUUCUUGCUGUGAGUGGGGUUAUGAGAUGUAUAUGAGGAAGCUUGAGUAGGGCUGUUAUCCAAUCUAUAAUAGCUUUCUAACAACGAAGACGCAAUCAAUCCAUAUCCAAUGUUCCC